AUGCAACAAUUUCCAAGAGGCAAAGCAUUUUGUCCAACAGAACUUGUUCCACCAGAUUUCACCUUUUGCAUCGAUGGAAAGAAAUAUCCUGUUCACAGAGUUGCAGUUGGCUCCCUUUCACCGAGUAUGAAUAGAGAGUUUCUGAAUGAUCCCAAUUUCUCAUCAUAUACAUUCACUAAGCUCAAAGAUCCAAACAAUUACUUCCAAUUAAUCAGUAAUCUAUUUCAUGGCCAUAAAAUUACAAUUACUUUACAAAAUGCGCCAUUUUUGAAUGAAAUCGCAACAAUUCUCGAAUUAGAAUACUUGCAGAAAGCUACUCUCAAUUAUAUCGUUCAACCAACACCAGAAAACGCCAUAGAAAUCAUGAAAUAUUAUGGUGAAUCGAACAUCGAUAAUUCAGCAUGUGCAAAAAUAUUAGCCAAUGACUUUGAUACUUAUUCUCAAAAUCCAGAGUUCUUCAAAUUACCAAUUUGCGCUUUUGAGCAAAUCUUUUCAGACGAAAGCUUUGAUAUAUCAGAUAACGAAUUAUUUGAUUUCAUUGAGAAGCUCAUACAACAAAAUUCCAAGAGUUAUGCCUCUUUAUUAAGCUUUGUUCAUACAGAAUCAAUUGAUCAAGAGAGAGCUAAUAAAUUGGCUGACCAGGUUGCUUAUGAUAAUGUUAGCGUAGAGAUUAUAGAUUCAAUGCUUUAUAGAAUUAAUCCAGCUCGCAGCAAUGGUCCAUCCAAUUAA